AGUCCGCCAGGGCGCUACGGGACGCACCGCACACCAGACUACACGCCCGACGCCCGUCGCCGCGCCGCGGACAGCACACACGAUGAAGGUACAGAUUGGAGUACUGAUAUUAUUCGUUUUCUUCAGUGUGGUCCUCGCUGAUGAAGGUACCACUGACAACGAACUGAGAGGUUCAGCAGCUGCUGUCGGACAGGCGCGGCCGAUGCUGAUUCCGCGGCCGGCGCUGAGAAUCCUGGAGCGACAGCCGUGCUCCUGCGCCGCCGAGACCUGCGGUUGCUGCGCCAGCAUAGACCUCCGCUACAUCAACUUCAGCGAGAAAGGAUGUAUGAACUUCACUGUCGCACUGAAAGACCUCUCGGUUAAACUGGACUUGUUAGUAAAUGACAAGAGUAUAUAUCGGACUGGACUCUCAGCGCGCAACCCCCCGCCGCUGUGCGUGCCGCUGCCGAUGCUGCCGGCGGUGGCGCUGUGCGUGCGCGUCUACGACAUCCACUGGGAGGACGGGGCGCUGCACGUGUGCGCCAACCUGGAGGCGACCGUCUUCUCGACGCCGGCGCUCGUCAUCCCCUUCGACUGCAUCCGGCUGGGUCCGGGGGGCGUCGACCUGGUGCGGCCCAGCGCCUCCACGUCGCAGUUCGGCCUCUUCCCGCACGCCCCCAGGGACCCUUCGCAGCGGAUCGCCGCCUCUCCAGUGCCCACCAGGAGGCGGCCGUGAACCGCCCCCGUCACACCAACACCGACUCAAAGGGAAGGCCUCGGCGCUUGUUCGUGACGUCACGUCAGCUAGGCACGGCGAACGCCAUGUCUGUUGCAGGCGUACUCAUAAUGGUGGUGUCUCCCUCCUGACACAGGAAAAUGUGAAACUAUUGGCGGUAGUUGACCAACACACAUUGUUCUGAGAGAUUUCUGCAAUCAAUUAAUUGUGCAAUUCAUUACACUUCUUAACAAAUAAUGUACUCCUGAGUUUAAAUUUCCACCUGUUUUAAGGACUGACAUACAAAAACAACUUCAUGGUCCAGCAGCAACAGAAUUCGUGCUUCUUUACCUUAUUUGUAAAUCUGAGCAAGUUACCUUUGUACUGGGUUGCUUUUACAAGUAACUGUGAACAUAUUUGUGCUCUUCUUUAGGUAUCUUGGUUGACUAUGGGGUGAGGAGCACUGAAUGUUAAUGAAAUA